AUGAAUAUUAACGAGAGUUAUGUUCUCACAAAUGGGGAAGUUUCAAUUUGUAUUUUAGAUGCUCUCUAUUUGACAUUAAAAAAGUAUCGUACAUUAACUGUAUUAAGAUUACCAAAUUGUGGCAUAAAUGCAUACGGUAUUAUACAAAUAUACUCCAUGCUGAUGGAUUUCAAUUGCUUGAGAGAUUUGAAUUUAGACGGAAAUCCGAACGUACAAGAGAAUUAUCACUUGUUAUGUAAAUCUGUUGGGAACUUGUCAUACUUAUCUUUGCAGUUCUGUAAGAUAACAGACGAAGGAGUUAAAAAAAUAGCAGAGGAAUUGCAAUACGCUGAUCCACCUAACGAACCGAAAUUAUUAGCUCUUAAUCUAGGAAAUAAUCGUAUCGGUGAUCUAGGAGCUUUAGAAAUCGGACGAAUGUUACGAACGAAUCGUUCUGUUCAAAGUCUGAUAUUAACAGGAAACAGGAUAUGCGAUGACGGUGCUGCUUUGAUAAUCCAAGAACUUAAUAUGUCGAAAUUAACGCAUAAUGAGAUUGUAGAUCUUCGUAGACGUAGAUUCGAUGCUCUGAUAUCACAAGAAAAAAAGUUAAUCGAUCUAAAUAAAACGAACGAGAAUAAAGUUUCUAAAGUUGUUGAAGAUUUACCAAACUUGGAGAUUUCACAGACGAGAAAGAACAGCAAGGUUUUAAAAAAACCGAACAAAUCCAAAAAACUCUCACUUUCAAACAGUUCUUCCAAGAUAACGGUGCAGGAAAAUUCUAAAAAUAUAUCUAAACUUCCAACACUGAGAAAAGAUUUACCCAUAGAAAUUGAUCAUCCUUUUGGCAAAGAAAGUACAGCCACAGGAGGAGUGAUAAGAAUAAAUGGAAAUUUUUUAUUAGCCUGCUUGCUUUAUCAGACUUAUAUGAUGAUGAGUGAUACGAGCAAAGGCCUGCUUUAUGUAAGAAUAGAGGGAAAUGAGUUUAAGCAAGAAGAUGAAAAAGAUUUAAUGGAACUGGAAGAAAUCUUGCAGUGCAGACAAGCUGGGGAAUAUUUGUCUCGAUUGGAUGAUAUGGAAAGUUCAGUUAUAUUGGAAAACGAUAAUCUAUGA